AUGACCCAAGGCGUAAGCAACGGUCACCCUAAUGGGUUGGCGGGUGCCCACGUCCGGUUCCUCCCCUUUUCCUACGACAGCGAAGAUUCCCAGCAAUCCGCGACUCGUUUAAUCCUGACCGUUCGACCAGACUGGGACACCGCCGAUGACAAGAUCGAGUUCGUUCGCUUCACCGACGGCAUCACCAACACCCUGCUCAAAGCGGUUAAUAAACGGAAAGGUUGGUCCAAGGAGGAUAUAGAUAGGGAAGCCAUUUUGUUGCGAGCCUACGGACAUGGAACCGCCGUUCUUAUCGACCGUGAGCGCGAAGCCCAAAACCAUGAGCUACUCAUGAAGUACGGCCUAGCUCCUGAGUUGCUUGCCCGUUUCAAGAACGGGAUGCUCUACCGCUACGUUAAGGGCAGUGUUACAGCUCCCGAGGACCUCAGAAAGCCUUCUAUCUACACAGCUGUUGCGAGAAGGCUUGCUCAGUGGCACGCGACUGUCCCUUGCAUUACCCAUCCCACGUCGACAAACGGCCACGCCAAGGAGAAUGGUACCAAUGGUCAUCAAGACCGAGAAGAGAUUAUUGAGAACGCUGCUCCUGGAAAACCGACGCCGAAUGUCUGGACCGUGAUGCAAAAAUGGAUCUUGGCACUGCCUACUGAGACAUUAGAGCAGAGGGAAAGACAAGAUAAGCUCCAACAAGAGCUGGAAAACUUAGUGGAGGAGUUCAGCCAGCGUCCUGGUUUGGGAGUCGACGGUCUAGUUUUCGCCCAUUGCGAUCUCCUCAGCGGCAACGUCAUUGUGCUGCCGACAACCUAUGCCACCAACGGCGCCAAAGACCAGGUGUCUGUGACUUUCAUUGACUACGAAUAUGCCACUCCUUCACCGGCGGCGUUUGACAUUGCCAAUCACUUCGCUGAGUGGGGUGGUUUUGACUGCGAUUACAGCGUGCUUCCUAGUCGGAGCCAGCGUCGAGAAUUUAUCGAGGAGUACAUCCGAGCUUAUUUCAAUAUCCUCCCUGGCAGGUCAAACAUUGACAUCGAGUCUGAAGUGAGGAAACUUCAAGACGAAGUGGACCUAUUUCGCGGUGUGCCAGGUUUCUACUGGGGUAUCUGGGCGCUGAUCCAAGCUGUCAUCUCGGAGAUUGAUUUUGAUUAUGCAUCGUAUGCAGAGACGCGUCUUGCAGAGUAUUGGGCCUGGAAGGAAGAGAGAGAUGGCAGCAGGGCAGCAGCCGGCAAGGAGAAGCCUCUGCGAGAGCGACGGUGGGAACAGGUGGAGUAG